UUAGUGUAACUAACUCUAAUCUGUAGAACCAGAUUCUUUGUACUAAAUAGUGCUUAAACUACUUCUUCCCUGAUUCAGCCUACUACACCUGCUAAAUGAGUCUGAAGAAAAGAAAGUUUUCCCUGGACAGCUCUGUUCUGGAGGGAGUGGGUCUGACCAAAGGACGCAGGGGCAGUUUGAAGAAGGGCCGACCACAGCAGAGUCUGGAUGAAGCUAGACAGCACAUCCAGGAGCUCAACCAGAGCCUUUCAGCAAACACCUUCAGCAGGGAUGACUCUAUCGCUGAGGAGAGCUUAGAGGGAACUGAUGUUAACAGCAAUAUCCUCAAGUACAACAAGAGCUUCCACAAACUGUUCCCAGAGAUUCCUGAUGGAGAGAGCAUGAGCCACACUUUCACCUGUGCUUUGCAAAAAGAUGGGCUCUAUCACGGGAAACUAUUUGUGUUGGAGAACUAUGUGUGCUUCUAUUCAUCUGUGCUGCUUAAAGAGACAAAGGUGGUCAUUCCUGUGUCUAAUGUGAGAGAAGUAAAAAAACACCAUUCAGCCAUGUCUUUGGUCAUUCAGUCUACGAAUGGAGAAAAGUACUUGUUCGUGUCCCUUAUGAACCGUGGGAUGUGCUACAAACUCCUCCAAAGUGUCUGUUCACAUGCACUAGCAGAGAGCACCAACAGUAGCCCACGUGUCUCAUCUGGAGAAAAUGAAGUUGAUUAUGAUGUGAUCUCCUCCAACUCAAGUAUGGAAGACAGUUUUGAUAAUCGUCUAAGCAGGGAGAACAGUAUCAGUUAUGAUGACUUUCCAGAAUUUCCUCGUGAAGUUCAAUCAAGACUGACUCCCCCAAGUCAAAAUAUCAUAACAGACCAAGGAGGCAACAGAGGGUGGAUUACGAGAGCAGCCAAUUGUAUUACAUCAUUCUUCAUCAUCAGUGAAAUCAGAAAUGUCCAUGUUCUCUUUUAUGCCUACAUCAUACUAAUACUGCUGCUGCUUUUGGCCUCCGGCUACAUUGGCCUGAGGAUCAUUGCUUUGGAAGAACAUCUGACCUCUCUGAGCUCCGUUGCACCAGCGUCACACUAUACACAAUACAAGGAGACAUAAGCAGCAUGAGCACAAGAACAAGGCUUCAAGGACCUCCAUCUUUUGACAUAAUCAAUCCAUGUCUAGACAGUCUCCCUUUAGUAUUGUAACGCGGAGCCAUGGCAACAAACUGUACAAAGCAUUAAACUAUUUAUUUACAAACAAAAAACCACUGAGUUAAUACCACUAAUGUUGCAAAAUUGUACUGACUGUACAUCACUCAAAUUAGAAUUUACCAAAUAUUUGUUUUUUGUUUAAAAAAGAAAAAAAAAAAGCUUUCCUGUGUGGAGCCAUAUGGACGCAGUCAGCCUGAAAGCCUGUUUAUUUCUGGCCCGUAAAAUGCUGACUGAGCACAGCAAGCAGGCUGUCUGGCGUUUGAAUGUCAUUUUAUUUUGAAUGGACAGACCAUUUCCAGAAGAAGGCAGGAUUUUUUUUUUUCGUGUAAAGGAUCAAUUAGCAAUAUUAUAUGCAUUUAAAUUGCCACAGAAGAUAACAUUUUAGGCCAGCAGAGGGCAGUCACGGAUUGAGAAAAGAAAUGCUUCAAUGGAAAAAGAUUUAGCCGCUGGCCUCAUUUUAACUGCCUGUUUAAUUAUGUAAUUAGACAUGUAGAACAUCUUUUAAUAUUCUUUUAAAUGUUUGUACAUUAAAAUGAAUCAAGUCA